GUAAAAGAUUUCGGUACAAACCGGUUGCAACAGAAGAAUGUAAAAGGUUCCGACUUGUCUCUUCAAGCCUGAAGGUAAAGAACUAAAUAUGUAUCUUUUGGGAUGCAUUUUGUUUAAUAAUAGAAAGCAUGGAAUCGAAAACAUAAAUCAAAUCUUCGUCAUAGUUGCUGCCGUCCAAUUUUCUUCUGAGGAUUUGUGAAGGGUGUUAACUGUGUGGCUGUGGUUCCAAGCUAGCCCGCGCUAGGUAUUGUUAUGAAUAAGGCUGUUCGUUGUAGUGACAGAUGGAUGUAAAGACAGUUCUGCAAUUCGCCGCCACUACAAGAGGCUUUUCACUGUUAAUACAGGCUCUACUAAAUGCUGCAAUCCCAGAUCACGUUGCUGAUGCAUUCAGUCCUCCAAGUGCAGAGGAGCCUCGCUAUCUGGAUCCUGCAGUGCAAUGGCUUUUGGGGGGCCUUUCCCACUGGGACGCAGAGCAUUUCCUCUUUAUCGCCGAAAGGGGUUAUCUGUACGAGCACAACUACGCAUUCUUCCCCAUGUUCCCUAUCAUACUACGAGGGCUUGCAGAGACUAUUCUAUGGCCCAUCAGUGCCUGGCUUACACUGCGUGGGCGGCUGCUACUGGCUGUUGCCUUGGGUAACAGCGCCCUCUUUCUGCUAAGUGUGGUAGCACUGUAUGGCCUUGGCCGUGUGGUACUGCAGGACAGGCGACUUGCUCUGGUCUCCAGUUUGCUCUACUGUCUCACCCCUGCCAAUGUCUUCAUGAUGGCUGGUUACUCAGAGAGCCUCUUUGCUGCGCUGACUUUUGGUGGUCUCUUUCUACUGGAGAGAGGAUACACUCUCAGAGCCUGCCUGGCUCUGGGAAUCGCUACUGCUUCACGAGCCAACGGACUUGUGAAUGCAGGGUUCUUGCUGUAUCUGCCCCUGCAGCAGGCCCUAUGCCAGGUCUGGAAACUGCAAAAGGACAAUAACCGGCACCACAAAUGCCUCCACUACACAUGUAUCAUCACUCGUUUCCUGUUCACAGCUGCACUGGGCACAGCUGUUAUUGCCCUCCCCUUUUUGGUCUUCCAGUACUAUGGCUACAGGGCAUUCUGUACGCCCUCCCUCUCCUUGGAGCAGGUCUCCCCGGCCCUCAUCCAGCUGGCUGAGAGUAAAGGUUACAGGCUUCCUGAUGAAAACGCUCCCCCGCCUUUAUGGUGCCUGCGCCCCCUUCCCCUAAUCUACUCUCAUAUCCAGGAUGUCUACUGGGAUGUGGGCUUCCUGCGCUACUUCCAGCUUAAGCAGAUACCCAACUUUCUGCUGGCACUACCCAUGGCAACUCUGGGCUUGGUGGCAACUCACAUGUACUAUAAAGCUAACCCAGCCAGGUGUCUGAGAAUGGGGCUGUGGGAUGGCGGGACAAAUAAGCGACCAGACAAACCAAUACCUGGAUUUUACAGCUCCAGGGUUUUUGUGUAUGUGGUGCAUGCUACAAUGCUCCUGGGAUUCGGAACAUUCUGCAUGCAUGUGCAGGUUUUGACCCGUUUUCUGGCUUCAUCAUCCCCUAUACCUUUUUGGAUUAGUGCCAACCUUCUAUUACUCUACGAGCCUCUCCUUCAGCGAAGGUCACUUCCCACAUCCAAUAAGGGGCAACAGCGGGGGACCCCCAAAAUUGUCGUCUUGUACCUACCCCAAAACCCCAUUGUUCAUCUACUGUCCCACUGGAAGAUGUGUUCUAUCCCCACACGUUGGAUUCUAGGGUACUUCAUAUCGUAUUGGCUGAUGGGCUUGGCACUGCACUGCAACUUCUUGCCAUGGACUUGAACAUCACUUCCUACAGCAGACUUGAUGUGCAGACUAAAUAUUUGAGAGCAAUAAUAACAGCUCUGAAGCUUGUCAUAUUUUUUGCUGCAUAAAGACAUCACAAUUAAAAAUUAUAUUUUCUUCUAUCUAAAUACAGCGUUGACGCACUGGGUAUUCUAUAAACUUGGUACGUUUCUUUAUAUUAAAAUAUCUCUGAAUGCGCCGUUCGUUUGGUGAUUUGAAUGCAUUAUGUUUUUCAAUGUAUU